UCGCCAACUGGACCGGCGCUAUAAGUGUACGAUCAUAUCGAUGCGAGUCAUUUGCUACUUGUGAAUGUUUGCGUGGGUGCGUUGCAAUCUGUUGCCGCGGCUAAGUCGAGAGGUCAGGGUUAGUAAACUUAGAACGAUCGGUCCUCUGCAUCAUCAGAUUGUAGUUAGUUGUGGGUUGUGUUGAUUGAUUCCUUCAGGACAGGACCGGAAGGGAGUGAGAUUCGGAUGGAGCGGUCUCUUUUGCGCCUGGCGUGGAGGGCGAGGGUUUCGACGUUUUUGCAGAGUCCCCAGAGGGAAGCGGCAUUGUCGUCGCAACAGGCGCGGUGUUAUGUGGCGUCGCCAUCUUCUGCAGAUGAGAUUCCUCGCUCAGAGUUGAGACAGUCAUUGCUGGCGAAGACCCAACCAGUGUGGCAAAAAUGGACCAAACACCACGCGGGAGAGUCCACCGCGAGUCAUGACGCCCCUCAAGGCACCAUCGACUGCAUGGGGUUAGUCACGCGAAAGACCGUAGCUGCGAAACGCUACGCAGUGGGAUCUAGUGCCAUAGACCCAGCCGGAGCGCAUGCCCAACUGGGGGACCGCGAGUCCAAGGAGAAGGCCAAGGAGAUCCUGCUUGAAGUCCGCGAGAAGCUGGAAAAGACACUGGAAGAAUCGACAAUCAAGGGGCUGCAGGAGAAGCUGAUCGCCACUGAGGGAAUCGGCGAAGUAGUUCAGGAACUAUAUAAUCAGAAAGAUGAAAACAACAUCGAUCUAGAUCUUCCCACCUCGGAACCAGGAGCUGACCGCAUCUCUUAGCUUCCGUCACUAGCAUGUUUCCGGUUCACAAUCCGGCAGUUGAUCUGUUAAGAUUGCUCCGAUGAGUCGCCGAAUGCUUCAGCGAUCCGACCAUCGCUGCAGGGCUAGAGCUACAAUUCCUGUGUAGAAUAAGAAGAAGUAGAAUUUUGCCUGGAACGGAGAUCCCAGACGACGUUGCCUGGUGGGUUUGCACACAUGGCACAUUUAAUAGACAAAAAUUAAGAUAAUGUGUUGGUAGAUGUGAUGGCUUGUGAUGCUAGAGUAUAAGAAAAAUAAAAUAAAACAACACCUUAGUGUUGCGUUUCUGUUGGCA